AUGGCGAUCUGCACGGUGUCGAGCGCGCACUCGCUGAGCGCGGCGUGCCACGUCGCCGCGCCGGCGAGGGCGGGGCAGCCGCGGCAGGUGAUUGUGUUCGGGGUAGGGGGGCGGCGGGCACGGCGGGGGGGCAGCGGGGUGACAGUGGUGACCUGCGCGGCGGCGGGGGACGCGAAGACGGUGGUGAUUGGGCUGGCGGCGGACUCCGGCUGCGGCAAGAGCACCUUCAUGCGGCGACUUACGAGCGUCUUCGGCGGAGCGGCGGAGCCUCCGAGAGGGGGAAACCCUGAUUCGAACACGCUGAUCAGUGAUACCACGACGGUGAUAUGCUUGGACGAUUAUCACUCGCUGGAUAGAACGGGGAGGAAGGAGAAGGGGGUGACGGCGUUGGAUCCGAGGGCGAACAACUUCGACCUGAUGUAUGAGCAGGUGAAGAGCCUCAAGGAUGGAGUGGCGGUGGAGAAGCCUAUCUAUAACCAUGUCACCGGGCUGCUGGACCCGCCGGAGCUCAUCAGGCCGCCUAAGAUUCUCGUCAUCGAGGGCCUCCACCCCAUGUGAGCCUCUCUUUCUCUCUCUCUCUCUCUCUAGUUCUCCGGCAGCCCCCCUGGAGACCCGUUUCCGGAGUUGUCUUGGUGAAUUCAGCUCUACGCGGGGAUUUGGGCUGAUUUCACGCUUCUCUUCCGCCAUGCUCGGUACAGAAAGCUCCCGAUGGAUAGUUUUCUCUCCCUCCUCCCUCUCUCUCUCUCUCCCUCUCUCUCUAGUUCUCUGCGGCCGCCUGUAGACCCAUUUCCGGGUCGUCUCGGUCUUAACGUGGACUCGAUUCGAUUUCACCCAUGUGUUCCGCCAUCCUCGGUACAGAGAGCUCUCUCUCUCUCUCUCUCUCUGAGUUUUUUUGAGGCUCCGCAUUGUGAAUUGAUUUGGGGAAGUAGGUACUUUUGGACGGCCCAGAUUGGUCGCACUCGGUUUUCCCCUCCAAUUUCUCCUCUCGCUCUCUCUCUCUCUCUCUCUCGCUGUGGUUUUCUGCAACUUCCCACUGCGAAUUGCUCUGAGGAACCGAGGAACCGAGGAACCUCGAAGAACUAGAGAGACCACAUCCGGGUCUCAAUCCAUUCCACGGAUGAGCUCAGCUUCAGGCCAGGAUUGGACUCACCCAUCUUCCCGUGAGAGUGAGAGAGAGAGAGCGAGAGAGAGAGAGAGAGAGAGAGAGCCGACGAAACCACCUCAGAAAUCUGAGGAUUUACCGAGUGUUUAAAAAUCGAAAAUUUCUGCAAGCUCUUGGACAAUAUGUUCAGAUGUAAACGGAUUCCUUCCUGUUCAGGUACGACUCCCGCGUCAGAGACCUUCUUGACUUCAGCAUCUACCUCGACAUCAGCAACGAGGUCAAGUUCGCAUGGAAGAUCCAGGUGGGCCCAUUCAUCCUCUCCUCCUCCUCCUCCUCCCAUCCUUCCUCUUCUUGAUCUUCUUCCCCCUUCUCCUGUCCUUCCUCUUCUUCAUCUUCUUCAUCUUCUUCUUCUUCCCUUUCUUCAUCUUCUUCUUCCUCCUCCCAUCCUUCCUCUUCUUCCUCUUCUUCAUCUCCUUCUUCCUCCUCCCACCCUUGCUCACCAUUGUGGAUUGACGAGCGACUGAUGGGGGGAGUUGCAGAGGGACAUGGCGGAGCGCGGCCACAGCCUGGAGAGCAUCAAGGCCAGCAUCGAGGCCCGGAAGCCCGACUUCGACGCCUACAUCGGUAAUGUGCCUUCCUUCUCAAAAAACACAAAGCUUCAGCUUCUAGCUUCCACGAUCCUUCAUGCUCCCACACCAGAUCAUCGGAGAAAACAUUAGGGUUUCCCCGACCUGCAACGAAGCUAGCUCCUCCUCAUCGUCUUCCUCCCUGAAGCCCUGCAACUCGGGCUUUUCUUCAUCGUUCAUCAUGCGGGGCUGAAUGUGACGAAUCACACAGACCCACAGAAGCCGCAAAUCGGCAACCUCCCACUCCAGAUCAUCGGAGAGAACACGAAUUAGGGUUUUCUUACUAGCGCCUCAUCAUCCUCCUCCCGGGAAGCACCCCCUGCAACUUACUUAGGGUUUUCUUCAUCGAUCAUCAUGCGGGGCUGAAUGUGGUGAUUCCCACAGACCCGCACAAGCUGCAAAUCGGCAACCUCCCGCACCAGACCAUCGGAGAAAACACGAACUAGGGUUUUCUUACUGGCUCCUCAUCAUCUUCCUCCGGGAAACCCCCCUGCGACUUACUUAGGGUUUGCUUCAUGGAUCAUCUUCCAGACCCACAGAAGCAGCACGCCGACGCGGUGAUCGAGGUGCUGCCGACGCAGCUGAUCCCAGACGACAACGAAGGGAAGGUCCUGCGUGUGCGGCUGGUGAUGAAGGAGGGGGUGAAGUAUUUCAGCCCCGUUUACCUCUUCGACGAGGGCUCCACCAUCUCCUGGAUCCCCUGCGGCCGCAAGCUCACCUGUUCCUACCCCGGUAUCAAGUUCAACUACGGCCCCGACGUCUUCUACGGCAAUGAGGUCAUCUCUCUCUUUCUCUCUCUCUCUAAGCCUUCUCUCUCUACUGUAACUCCGCCGCGAGGAGAGAGGAAGUGGGCUGACGGCGGCGUCGUGGGGUGGUGGGCAGGUCUCGGUGGUGGAGAUGGACGGGCAGUUUGACCGGCUGGACGAGCUGAUCUACGUGGAGAGCCAUUUGAGCAACCUGUCGACCAAGUUCUACGGGGAGGUGACGCAGCAGAUGCUGAAGCACGCUGACUUUCCGGGCAGCAACAACGGCACUGGGCUCUUCCAGACCAUCGUCGGGCUCAAGAUCCGCGACCUCUACGAGCAGAUCGUCGCUGAGGCCGCCUCCGCCGCCCUCCAAGCCGCCAAGGUGUAA